AUGUCGGGUAAUCCAGGUAAUGCUUUGAAAGCCCUUUCUCCAACACCUCCAGAACGCGGUUCAUUCCCCUUGGAUCAUGAUGGUGACUGUACCAAGCAAAUGCAAGAGUACCUUGAAUGCAUCAAGCUCGUGAAGGGUGAAAACGCGCCCAAUUGCAGACUGCUAGCCAAGGAGUACCUAAAUUGCCGUAUGGAUCACCGGCUUAUGGAUCGAGAUGAAUGGAAAAACCUAGGGCUUCCAGAUGACGCUCCCGACAAGAAAUGA